UGUCUUUGGAUAGAGUCAUAAACAGAAAGCUCGAAACACCACCCAAAAAAAAAAGUAGAACUACAAAGAUAUGAGAACACAAGAAGCCACAACAUAUCUUCAUGGCCCAAACAAUCAAUGAAGCCACCGGAAAGAUGACUCAAUUCUGCCGGAAAAUUGUUCAGGUCAACAUAAAGUGGAGCAUAAUCGAAAGGGUAUCGGGGUUCAGGGAAUUUUUCAGGUUCAUUUGGGAGAGAAUUCUUACUUGCUCCAUGGGGAAACCGAGUCACUACCGACGUUUGUCUCAGAGGUCUUCUUCUCCGGCAAUGGAGGCUACUGAGUCUGGUUUUGGACACGACGGUCUGGCGACGACUAUGUGCAGUGGCUAUGAUAGUGAUUCUGAUUUGGUUGAUUUGAAGAUCAGUUUAUUGGGUGAUUGUCAGAUUGGGAAAACAAGUUUUGUAAUGAAGUAUGUAGGUGGUGAGCAAGAAAAGAGAUGCAUAGACAUGAAUGGAUUGAAUUUAAUGGACAAAACCCUAAUGGUCCAAGGUGCUCGGAUUGCUUUUCGAAUAUGGGACGUGGGAGGUGACCAGAGGUCCAUUGAUCAAGUCCCAAUUGCUUGUAAAGAUGCAGUAGCAAUUUUGUUUAUGUUUGAUCUUACCAAUCGAUGUACUCUAAAUAGUGUUAUUGGAUGGUACAGUCAAGCAAGAAAGUGGAAUCAGACGGCAAUUCCCAUAUUAAUUGGGACUAAAUUUGAUGAUUUUGUCCAACUUCCACCAGACCUGCAAUGGACUAUUGUGACCGAGGCAAGGGCAUAUGCCAGAGCUAUGAAGGCGACCCUUUUCUUUUCAAGUGCAACCCACAACAUCAAUGUCAACAAGAUCUUCAAAUUCAUUAUGGCAAAGCUCUUUAACUUACCAUGGACCUUGGAGCGUAAUUUGAUUCUUGGUGAACCCAUUAUUGACUUCUAAUUUUUUUUUUUUUUUAUUAUACUCAACCCAACUUGCUUUGUAAAUAGCCCCCGAAAACAGAGAGA